AUGUCCUCCAUACGAGACUCGACGCCGCCUUCCUUUGGCGAACGAAGAGGACAUCGUCUGGCGCCACUUCAGACCAAUUUUAGUCGCCCCGCUGCGACUCAAGAUGAUCAGUCUCAGUCGCAGUCGCAGUCGCAGUUGCAAUCGCAAUCACAUCAACAACAGCCCACGCAGCCUACGCGACUCCAGCGCCCUCGACCUAGUGAUCCUGUCACCAAUGGCUCAGAUGGACCAAUUCCACUUCAGAGUCCCGUCAAGCGUCAAUCGUCCAAGUCCAGCCUGCGCAAUCUCUUCGGCCGCGACAAAAGCUCACGUGCGGCCGUCGCUCCCGACAGCAGCACCCUCGACGAGAUCGAUGAAUCCCAAGCAAGCCCCUCGCAUAUCACUUCGCAGAUCGCUACAAUAGAUGAGACAAUCUUGUCGCCGACCAUCGCAACCCCACACACGAUCGUCUCAACUACAACCUCAACCACGCUUGCCUCCCCAACGACCCCUCGUGCGCGAAAUACCCUAAAAACACCUCGGCCACGACCCCCCGAGUCCAAACACUCCCAAGAACAAUAUGGUUGGAAACCCCCAGCCUUGUUUCAGGCAUACCCUCAAUCAACCAAACAUGAUUGUCUCUCCGCGCCCGCCAUGUCGGCAGACGCUAUUCUGCGAUUGCACGCGACAACAGGGAAAAAUGCUCCAGAGGAUGGGCGAACGGCGACAUCGAGUGGUGAUUCAAAAAAGAAGGAACAACGGGAGCGCAAACACUUGCGCACCCUGUCGGGUACAAUCAACAAGGUCGAAUGGACUAAGAAGAUCUACGUGCUCGCGACAGCAGGGUUUAUUCUCCAAUACGCCGGGGACGGGAAACAUGAUCGAUUACCCGAAAAAAUGCUUCAAUUGGGCCCUCACUCUGUCGCAUUCGCCAGCGAUGCCAUCCCGGGCAAACACUGGGUCGUUCAGAUUUCUCAAAAUCCAGCUACUGAUACCGUUGCCGCACCAGAACCUCCGAAGCCUCGCCUCGCCUCACGAUUUGGGUUCCAUCGAUCCCAUGCCCGAAGAUUGGCGCAGAGUUUCCUGAUGGUCUUUGAUGACCCGGACUCGAUGAUAUCUUGGUUGAUGGCUAUUCGGGCCGAGGUCGAAUCUCGCGGAGGUCCUAAGUUUGUGACGGAGAAGCAUUCGGAGGAUGAGGUGGAGCCUCAGCUUCGCUCGAAAGCAAGUGUACGACAGAUGGUGAAGAAAGACCCACAUCGUAUCUCGAGUUUAUUCCUCCAGCCCCAGACUUUGCGUCUGCCCGACGAUGACGAAGAUGGCCAGUCUGUUGGUGGUAUGACAUGGCAAUCCCGACGAAGCUCCUACGUCUCAGACAAUCAUCGCUCAGUCAUCGACUCUUGUGCGGGAUCUGUAUCCACCAGUUUGACGGAGGCUUCACCUCCAAUGAACAAUGAUGCCCCAUCUUCGUCUUUUUCGUCUUCAAACACCCCGGCCUCCCCGCGCAAUCUACCAAGUGAGCCGUCUACCCCGUAUGGCCUGCCGGAGGCUGUACUCAGAGAGGUGGAUCAGAUGAUUGGCCUUAGUGGUCUCAGUGGUAUGAGUCCACCUGCUUCCAGUCAAGGUAAUCGACAGUCGCUAUAUAUGUCGCCUCUUUCAUCGCCUGGCCCCAUGGGUUCAACUUCGGCCUCCGCUUCGGUCUCAGCCUCGACUUCGACUUCAACAACUUCUCGUACGGACCCUAUUUCUGUCGCCCAACCAUCGACCAAUAUACCCGAGACAUUGACGCGCAGCGCAUCCCCACCAGCCCCGAAUUUCAGCGUUCCGUCCUUCAGCAAAAAGUUUGUGCCGAGAUCAGGACCGGUCCCCAGCAAUCAGGCUUCCUCGCCGCCAUCCGUUACAGGCGUCCUUCGACGAGGCGAGAGCACAAGUGACUUCACAAUCUCCAGCGUCUCUUCCCCUCCACAAUCACCAACUUAUAGCGUCGCAAGCUCGCGCCAUACCGAUGCCUCCGAGCCUGCCCCUCUGCGUCGGGAUAGCAGUGGUCGUGUCCUACGAACUUAUAAUUCCGAAGACGUACUAUCGAGAAUGGUCCGGACUCAACCUGCGCCUAAUUUCUCCCGCGUUCCUCGGGCCGGCGCACCCUCUGAGAUCAGUCCCCCACCAUCCCGCCCUCUCAGUCUAGUGGGUCGACCUGGGCUGGGAAUCUCGAUGAAUGGCGAUACGCAGGUCCCGGGUGUUCCCCCGGUAGAGUCAUCAAGAAAGCCUGAUUUAUCACUGUUUCCAAUGCCGCAAUCAACCCCGGCAUCAAUUCCAGUGCCAACCCCCCGCCAUCGGAUUCCAUCAACCCACGGGGACACCCAUUUGGCGCAGAGCAUGUCCCGUCGCAGAAGCAUGCCCGGCUUGGCUGUUGGCCCACCAGCUGCACCACCGCCGAACUGUCCCCUUCCGAGACUCCCUCCGCUUGCCACGAAAUCGCCUCCAGCUCCUCCUCCACUUGGUGCUCUACCCCCAAUUCCGGCACAAAUGUCACCUCCGGCCUCAUCGGCAACGAAGAUGUCACCGUCGACCCGGUUCUAUCAAUCGCAACAGACGCAGGAGAAUGUUACAGAUAAGCGAAAGAGCGUUCUUGCCGGCCAAUCCAAUGGAUAUACUCCUAAGGUAGCAGCUGCUCGGCAGUCUCGCCUGCAUUAG